CCUCGGUCCUCGCCGGUGCUUUAGGGGAUCGCAUCGGCCUUCUGGGGAAGUGAGGGCGGAGUCCGCCAAGUGGAUUAAGGACCGCGUCGGCCCUUCGUAGAUCAUGAUGAACAAGCCGGGGAAGAAGGAAACCCGCAACAGUAAAACGCCCCCGGAUAAGAAAAAGGCAAAACCUUUUGAGCAGCCUUCCUCUCCAGUUCAAGAAGAGCCAGAGCCUGUGAGCUGUGUCCUGCAAGGUGAUGAAAUCCAAGCUCUGGCAAUCAAGGUGGAAGACCUUAAAAAACUCCAUAUUGAACGCCCUCCUGAAGAGGAAGAAAGACCUUCUGUAACCAAGAAGUUUCUUGUUCGUAAGUCCAUGCCCCAAACAACUGGAAAGAAAACAAAUUUCCUGGUUGCUUAUCCAGCUGUCACAGAUGAAACUCAGAAAACACUGCAUUAUUCUGGUAUAGAAGGACCAGUAAUUGAUAACUAUGGCCACAUCCUGUCCCACAGCAUCUUGGGAACUCUCCAGGAAUUCAAGAAAGAAGCCUUAGCAAGAGGACAUUCUCAGGUAGCAGCAUUGAUCCCUGACUCACCAGUGACAACUAGCACAGUGCCAAUUUGGUGGAGGCCCAGAGCAAAACAUGAGGAAACGGAGAAAAACGCCUCAGCCUCUUCAUCACAGCCCAUGGCCCUGCAGAACUGGCAUCGGAACAUGGCACUCAGGAAGAAGCAGCAGAAAAGGCUUUGCGAAAAACUUCAGAAAUCAGAAGAUGAGCUGUUGAUGACAAUUUCAGACAAUUACAGGCGAAUCCAGGAGGAGCGUACUCUAAUUGAUCGCAGUCUCCCUGCUCUUUAUGCUGGAAAGGGCUAUGCAGGGAAUGAAUUUUGGACCCAGCCUCUGCGUAUUGGAGAUGAACUCACGGGUCUGAUGGUGACACUAGGCCAGAGUGAACGUGGCUUGCUGGAACCAGUGACUCAUAUUGGGAGACCACGCAGCAUCUGGAAGGAGAUGGGUACCAGACCUCCAAAUUGCCCCCCUUUUCAUAAAAGCCUCUUUCUAAUGCAUCGGCGAAAGGAGUUGAAAGAGAUCUUAGAAAAGAUGGAUUUUUAUUGCCCGGAUCUGGAAGGCCUGGAAGUCGUAGGUAGAAAUCAGCCUUUUGUCAGGGUAUCAGCAGAGAGUUUUGCAAGCUUUGAUGACAUUAAAGAAUCUGAAGAACAAAGAGAAAUCCAGGAUCCAUUAGAAGCAUAUCCAGAUGUAUUUGUAGAACCAGUGUUGGGCCCAUCUCUGAUGUUCUGUGGACAGCCAGCUCGUUGGAUCAACAAUGCUUCUCAUGAGGGUGAAACUGGCAUUGCUGCACGGAUCACCUUUGAAAUUUUGAUAGGUGAGAAAGCUGAAUCGUGGCUCACAGUGAGCAACGACGGCACAGCAGCCAUCUGGUACGAUUGGCGGAGGCAGGCCGAGCCUUUCACCUUUCAGGAGAAGAAAGGGGCCAGGAUGCCGUAUUUUUACUUUAACACCAGAUCAGGUGUUAUCUUGCCUGGGGAAACCAGGAAAUUUUCCUUCAUCUUCAAAUCACUGAAUGCCGGAAUCUUCAGUGAAACCUGGGAGUUUGGGACCCACCCUGUGUUAUUAGGGGGAGCUGUGUUGCAGGUGACCCUCUGGGGAAUUGCUCUGUAUGAAGAUAAAACCUCAAGACAAAGGGAGAAACUAGAGGAAGAAAUAAAAGCCCAUGAAAUUGCUGUUAUAGUGGAGGAGAAUCUGAAAGAGCUGCUUGAUCGAGUUCGUACACCACCACUAACACCAUCUCCUAUGGAUGCAUAUGUUUCUGAGGAAGAGUUAUUCCAUAAUAUGAACCCAGAGUUACACUACCAGCACCAAGUGGUGAAGGGGCUUCAUGAACUGUGGGACAAACUCAUGAAUCCUCCUCGAGCAAAGAGCACUGAUAUCGUGGAUGAAUUCCCCCAACCAAAAAGUACUCUGGAGCUGCAACAAAAAAGUCCCGUGGAAGACACAAGCAAGAGUAUCUCCCCAGAUGUUUUGGGACCACGAAAGUCAGUGUUGGAGGAGCAGAUGAGUCCCUUGAGUGUAAUUGAGGAGGAGGAGGAUGUGAAUCGUGUGGAGUGGAAUCUCUCUAUUGCAGAUUUUAGACAGAUUUUGCUGGCAGUCCCUGUGGAAGAAGAGCGAGAAGCUGCGCUGGCCCAUCUCAAUAAAGCUGCCCUGGAGCUUUGUAAUGAACAGAUAUCACCCCAGACAGAUCUCGUAUAUCAGAUUUGUUUCCAGUUGUGGCGUGAAGUAAUUGAUGGUCUCGUGAGCAGUUCGCUAGCGCUGAGGUCUAUGCUUGGUAUGCCUGAGAAGGACACUUACUCAGAACUUGUUCAAGAGGAACCAGCUGAGAUAAAACCAGUUCUUGUAAAGGGAGGGAAGGAAGACCGGAAACUUCAGAAAGAAGAUAAAAAGUCUGCUGGGAAGGAGGAAAAAAAAGGAGGAAAGACAAGCAAAGAGGAGCGUCCAAACAGCAAGAAAUUGAAGUCAAAAGAAGAGCGAAAACUGAAAGCUGCCACCAAGGAGACAAAGGAACACACCCCCUUUUCAGUGGAUGCUGUGGAAUUAGAAGCUGUACAACCUCGACAGGAACAGGUGGACCCAGUUGUGCAGGCAAAAUACCACGAGAAACUUUAUGUCGAAGUUUACGGACUACUGGAUUCAAUGUUGAGCAAAAUGCUUUCUCUCUUUGAUCAAUUGAAGAAGGAUGCCCUGGACAAGAAGAAGAAAGCAGGUUUUGGUUCUGAUUUCAUAAUGAAAUAAAAUGUUGUUUAUAUAGAGAGAGUUAGUGCAGUUCCCAUUUGUUUAUGAAACUAGCAAUUGAUACAGCUCUGAGGGCCAGUUUGCACUGUUAGCUGCCUCCCUGAAACCACCUGUACAGAUAAAGCUUGAAUAAUAAAACUACCCUUGUGGUAAAUUAGCUACCCUAGUUGUACUUUUUGGGCCAAACACAGAGGAAAGAGGCUUGAGAACCUUUUUGUCUUUAAAACAUUGUCACCUUUACAAUAGUAAACAGUAUCCUCGAAGCACUGUGAGUUACCAUGUACAGUUUGAUUUUUAAAACCAAAAUUCACCUGGGACAAAAAGCAGCAACAGAAAUCUUUCUUUUCUUUUUUGCCACCAGGGUAGUUUUUCUAUGUUAUGAGUUUAUUAUCUCGGGAAUGAAAUUGCUUCCUAACAAUGUGAAGUACAGUUACUUCACGACAGAGAGAUAAUAUUUGUGAGGCAAGGUACAAAAACCUGGAAAGAAAUUAAUUUUAGAUGUUUGUCCUUUAAGAUGCAUGGAAGUUUAUAUAAGUUGUCUAAUAUCUUGGGUUCAAAACAUGUUUUUUUGUUGUUUCAAAUUAAAAAGC